UUUCUAUAUUUUCAGUUGUACACGCAUAGCUAGCAAAGCUGUAACAAAAAAAUAUAUACAAGUUUUUUAUUUUGUUAUAUUCGCAUAAAAAGCAGCAUGGCCACCAAUGAGGUUAUUACUACAGAUCAGCUUAAGUAUCGCCGGCUGGUGGCCAGCAAGGAUUUGCGCUUCAAGAAUCGCUAUGACAAGCUCUUUAGCUGGUAUCCGGAGCAACAGGAAAUCGAAUACAGCCGCAUACGUGAGAUCUACUGCGAGAGUCGUCAGCAGUAUGGGGACGAGCAGUUUGACAAAUUCGCUACUCGCGAGCGUCUCAACGACAAGCAUCGCUGCUUGAGCCAAGCGGAGCAACUAAACCUGGAGCUGGCUGAGCAGCAGAGCAAGGACCAGCAGCAGCAGCAGCAGCCGACUGAAGUCAAUUGCUUUGUGCCCAUGACUACCAAUGGCGAAUAUGGACGCUGUCGACCCACACACAUUCACUACUGCACUAGACUAGAAAAAUAAAAGACGCUGCUGCAGCUGCAGCUCGUGCUAGGUUCACGCCUACGCUGGUGUAAUAACAGUUA